UGUUUGGCAUUUGACUUACCUUGUUUGCUUCUCUAUAAAUACCAUACUAUCCAUAUAUAGCAUCUAUUUCUUACAUAUCACAAUUAACUAUCAACAUCCAAUUAGGGAUUUCGUGAUAAUAUGGCUUCUACACUUCAUCGUGCAUUGUCUCAUUUACUCACUCUUGUAGCUUCACUUUCAAUACUCCUUGUGCUCCCUUCCUCUUGUUUCAAUCCCAGAAAGAUUGUCAAUGCUUCAUACAACUCAAACGGUUUAUAUUGGUCACCAGCUGUGGCCACUUGGUAUGGACCUCCCCAUGGGGAUGGAAGUGAAGGUGGUGCUUGUGGUUUUGGCAGUGUUGUUGGGGUACCUCCAUUCUCAUCAAUGAUAUCUGCGGGAAGCCCUCUUUUGUUUGAAUCAGGCAAAGGAUGUGGUUUUUGUUAUGAGGUGAAGUGCACAGGGAAUUCUGGAUGUUCAGGCAACCCUGUGAGGGUAGUGAUCACUGAUGAGUGUGCUGGAUGCUCAGAUGCUCAAUUCCAUUUUGAUUUGAGUGGCACUGCUUUUGGUGCCAUGGCAGUUUCUGGCCAAGAUGAAAAGCUACGCAACGCUGGCAAAAUUGCCAUUCAAUAUAGAAGAGUUGAAUGCAACUAUCCCGGUGUAUACAUAGCUUUUCACGUGGACUUAGGAUCCAACCCCGAAUAUUUUGCAGUUUGUGCUGAAUACGAGGAUGGGAAUGGUGAUCUUGACAAAGUUGAACUCAAGGAAGCAUUUUCAGCCUCAUGGUAUUCCAUGCAGCGAUCAUGGGGUGCAAUUUGGAAACUCAGCAAAGGUUCACCACUUAAAGCACCAUUCUCCAUCAGGCUAACAGACUCUGGCAAAUCUGUUGUGGCUAACAAUGUGAUCCCUUCGGGCUGGAAACCUGGCCAGACUUAUAGAUCAAUUGUGAAUUUUAGAAUCUAAGUUGUCCAUUGGUUUGGAUCAUCAGCUUGUAGCUCUCUCCAACUUAAUGUAAUAUAUAAAUAAGAAGAUAACCCUAAUCUUAAUUUCUAAUA